CCCAAAAAAAAAAGAGAAAAAUCCUUCCUAUUCGCAUUCUUCAAGUGGACAAGUGCAAACUUCCCUGAUACAUUAUGGAGGGUGUCCGGAGCAUUGGCGUUGUGACUGGUGGAGUGUUUUUGUGUGUAGCCCUGGGGAACCUGCUCCAUCUCAGCCAGGGACAAGUCAGCCACAGAGCCGAGGGGGCACUCUACACAUUUAGUCAGAGGUUACCUUCAGAUGUCCUGGUAGAUAUGAAAAGCUACCACCACAGAUUGAAGCGACAGCAGCCACCAGGGUCACCCAAGUCAGUGGAUACAAACCGUGCCAGUCCAGAGCAGGACUUUGAAGAUCCCACUAAGAUCUUUGAUAUUCUACCUGAAGAUGACAAUGCCAAUGAUACACAGAUCGAGGAUGACACAGACCACAACUAUUACACAUCUAGAACGUACGGUCCUACAGAUCCAGUGACCAAGGAACUAUGGGUGAACAUUGAUCAGAUGGAAAAAGAGAAAGUGAAGAUUCAUGGCAUUCUGUCUAACACCCACCGGCAAGCUGCGAGAGUAAAUUUGUCCUUCGAUUUUCCAUUUUAUGGCCAUUUCCUGAAAGAGAUCACAGUGGCUACUGGCGGUUUCAUAUACACGGGUGAAGUUGUUCACCGUAUGCUAACUGCCACCCAGUACAUAGCGCCACUGAUGGCUAACUUUGAUCCCAGCGUGUCCAGGAAUUCCACAGUCAGAUACUUUGACAAUGGUACAACUCUGGUCGUGCAGUGGGACAAUGUUCACCUACAAGACACUUACGAUUUGGGAAGCUUCACCUUCCAGGCCAUCCUCCACAGUGAUGGCCGAAUUGUCUUUAGUUACAAAGAGAUUCCUGUUUCCGUGAUGCAGAUAAGCUCAGCCAAUCAUCCUGUCAAAGUGGGACUCUCCGAUGCAUUUGUGGUCGUCCACCGGAUCCAACAGAUUCCCAAUGUUCGGAGAAGAACAAUUUAUGAAUACCACCGGGUUGAACUGUCGAUGUCAAAGGUCACUAACAUGUCUGCUUUUGAAAUGUUCCCUCUUCCCACUUGUCUCCAGUACAGGAGCUGUGCCACCUGUAUCAAUACGGAGAUUACCUUCAAUUGUACAUGGUGCAACAAGCUCCAAAGAUGUUCCAGUGGAUUUGAUCGUCAUCGGCAGGACUGGGUUGAUAAUGGCUGUCCAGAUGAGUCUAAAGAUAAAACCUGUGACACCAGCUCUGAAGAAGGGAUUCCUGCUUCUUCAUCCACACCAACUGUUGCUACAACAACUACAAAACCCAGAGUGCUAAGCACCGCCACCACAACUGCUUACACAUCUGGUAUUCCUACAUCCUGCCUAACUACAGAAGGUAUGCAGCAAAGUAUUGGUUAUUGUUGUCACUUGGAAAGGAACCCCACAGUCCAUUUGAGAAGAGCUGUCAAUGGAUGA